CUUCCCAAACAUGGCGGACGAAGCAUGUCUCUUCCUGCAUCACCUCACUAGACUUAAUUUUUGUUAGAAGCCUUUUUCCUUAACGUGGAUUCUAGCUGAAGCUGGUGGUAUGGCAAACCUUUACCUUGAAUUUGAUGAGGACGCUGGGAACAACACUCAUAUUAUACCGAAAUGUUACGACGUAAAAGAUGUAAACGCAAAUUCCUCACAGAGGCAGUUGUUGAUAAAUUACAUGGCAAAAGAUGGAGGAAUUCCCGUCAAUUUUGGGUUGAAUAUCUUAGGAUGGAUGAUUGUUUUCAUCUUGUUCUGUGUCAUUCGCCGACUUGUGUGGGAUUAUGGAAGACUAGCUCUGAUACAGAAGGAAGACCAAGGAUGGACUGAAAUGUUCUAUGGAUCAAGGCAAACAUCUGAGGAGGGACGUGCAAGUCAGGAAGGUGGUAUGAAUGCUGCAGAAACUGUUGAAUUUCCAGCUGUCAAAAGCAAGCAUAUCCGUCUGAAGUGUGGUGUAGAUGCAUUUCAGUAUAUAAUAUUCCAGAAGCACCUUAUAGUUUACAGUGUGAUCAUAUUCUGUCUGUCCAUUGGUAUAGUCCUACCAGUCAAUUACACUGGAACAAAUGAGCCAAACAAGAAUUCUUUUGGUGCCACAACAGUGUCUAACCUAAUGGCUGACUCCAGCGUCUUCUGGCUUCAUACAGUUUUUGCAAUUAUUUACACUGUGUUAAUGGUGAUUGUGUUGCGGCAUUUUACCAACCUGUUUGUGUUUGAGAGCCACGAUGAUUCCAAGAAGACAAUCAUGAUGACUAAUGUACCUAAAAAUGUGACAGCUGACUUGAUCAUGCAACAUUUUCGGGAAAUCUAUGGUGAAUCACAAGUCCUUGAAGUCCAAGUUGCAUUUGACUUUGUAAAACUGAAGCAAGCGCAGAGAAAAGUUCUUGCCGCUCAGAUGGGUAGGGAACACUGCGAAGAACUUCUCCGCAAGACUGGGGAGAGACCGUUAACCACAGUCAGUACCAACAAGCUGUCUCCUUGUUGCCACUGCUGUGGCGCCAGUCACGUGGAUGGGAUUGAGUACUUUACUGAAGAAGAGGAAGAUGGGAAAGUCGAAGCUGAUCAACAGAGGCAAAAGCUGAAGAGUCUGGGAAUAGCUUUUGUGACAUUUGAAAAUGCAAAGAUUGUUCAGAGAUGUCUGAAAGACUUCAACACAAUCAGGCAUGGAAGUCCAGAAUCGUCUGUGUCACGGAGGAUCUUUUCAGACCACUGGAAUGUGUCGCAGGCUCCAUUCGCUGGGGACAUUAUCUGGGAACACCUUUCCGUAGACAAUGAGAGUUGGUGGGUCAGGGCAGUUCUUAUCAAUACAUUGCUGUUUAUCUUUGUCCUAUUUCUCACCACGCCGGCUGUGGUACUGUCUACUUUGCAAGAGUUGGAGGCCAGUGUCGCGAAAAGCAAUCCAAAGCUCGCUGUCCCUCCAAGUCCAUUUCUCACUCAGUUCUUGCCCACUAUCUUGCUGUGGAGUUUUGCGGCGAUCCUUCCAGCGGCUGUGUCGUGGUCAAGUUAUUUUGAAGCCCAUUGGACAAGGUACGGUACGAUUUUGAAGGAAAUACAUGCUAAUGUUUGGGAGUCAAAACUCGAGCAUUCUGUGAUGGUCAAGACUUAUAUCUUCCUAAUGCUGAUGUUAAUUAUUCUUCCGUCUCUGGCUCUCACCAGGAAGCCGUGCGUGAGUUUGCUUAUGGACAACAGUACGCCUGGAUGUUAGUUAUCUUUACUCUAAUGGUUGUUUUCUGCCUCACCUGUCCUCUUGUCACGCCAUUUGGUUUACUUUACUUGGCCAUGAAGCAUUUAGUCGAUCGAUACAAUCUUUACUUCAACUAUCGCCCUCCUGCUUAUAACUACGUGGACAGCAAUGUACAUCAAACUGCUGUGACGUUCGCCGUCAUUUCAACUUUCUUUCUGCUGCUAUCACUAUUAUUUUACUCCUCUAUCAGGCUAGGUAUCAAUGAUCCCCAGACCGUUUUCACCUUGGUCGUGGUGUGUAUCACAGUUCUGCUUCUCUUAGCUCGAGUAUGCUUUGGAAUGUUCAAGAAAUUUGGACCUCACAAGGAAUACCUCUCGACAGAUGCGGAACUCAAUGGAGCUGAUGUUUAUAUUCCUGAAGCUUAUCUUCCGCCAGUCCUUCAAACAACGCGUGAAAUGAAGGCCACUGGUAGUGGAAGUGACAACGUUUCUCCUACCCAGCUCACCAGGCGGAAGACCUACGGCGCGACUCAGAAUGACCAUGUGAUCGAUACGUCACAACUGACACCCAGUUCGGAAACUGUUGUGACUUUCGAUGACGAGGACCGGCACUAAGUCUAAGGUUCUAACCGUUGGGAAACAUUUAGAUAUUUAUUUUGUUUGCCUAUCUUUCUAUAUAAGGUAGAUCAUUUGUGAAUUUUUCUUUUUAGUAGAAUGGAUUCUUCUCCAGUUUGUUGGCUAAGAAUUACAACCACUGGAUUUUAAAUAUCACUGGAAACUUUCGCCGGCGUUGAAAUGAGCACUCUUUUGGUUGUAACCCGGAAAGUUUCAUUUUGCCUGGUGCUUUUGUUAGCCGUGAAAUUGUAAUGAUGAAUUUAAGAAAUUGGCUUGUUUGAAAUGCAUGCCGUACCUUAAUAAGCGCCUGGAAAUAUUGAUGCUUUCAGUCGUCAAUAAUUUGAGUUGUAUUUUUCUUAAUAUUUUACAAACAAUGUUAACCGUGAUCUUUUUUGUUUCAAUAAUCGUUUUCUUAAGAUCAAGUCUUUUGGUCUCAAUAUUGGAGAAGGUUCUGUGUAAAAGAGUCAUGUUAAUACUUUGUCUCUGAGAAGCAUACUAACAAGAUAUAUAAAUGAGUAUGAAAAGACUUUGUGGCGGAGAAGAAGUUACUACAGAUAGAGGACUGAGGAGCGAUGCUUGUCUCAGGUUUUAGGCGCACUUUAGUAUUUUUCUUGUAAAUUCCUAAAGAACGGUAGCGUUGUUCAAAUGCGCCGCAUAAUUGAACUUUGAGUUAAACUUAUUUAUUUAAAGUAGGUUAGCAGUAUCUACAGAAAUGAUAUUUUUUUAACUUUCUUUAGAGGAAGUUUUAAUUGUGUAACGUAAUGUUCGUUAUUCUCCGUAGAUCUUCGGAACUUCUAGUAUUGUAAACUCGGAAAUUGGGUGUCUAAUUCAAUGGGUUGUUUAAAUUAGUAUUGCUAUUAUACUUAUUGACAUUUUCAUUAGGAAAUCAAUUUUGAAUGAUAUUUUGUGCAAGAAUAAGUCAUGUUUAGGCAUUUUGAUAAACAUCUUACAAGCCCGCUUACUUUGGGUCGCUCCUAGAAUUGUUUCAAAGUACUU